UUCGCCAGCUAAAGAAUCAGUCCAUCCUCGCAACCCGUCUAAACCUGUUUCUGCUUCACCAAUAUCAACCCUAAUACCCUCUUCACCAUCCAUUCUCCCUUCUUCGAGGCAUCACAUUAAUGGAUUCCAUCCACCCCGAUAACUCCGCAACUUCAUCGGACGAGGAAGUUGACGACCAGCCGCCGGAGCAAGACAACAUAUACGUGGCCGCAGGCCGUUCCUACGAGUGUGUCUUCUGCAAGCGAGGCUUCUCGACGGCGCAGGCUUUGGGGGGCCACAUGAACAUCCACAGGAGAGAUCGAGCCAAGACCGGCCGGCCGGGUUCGACGAGUCCACACAGCCUUGGAGAGCUCUACGCGAAUCCCAGGAGCUUCCAGCAUGUUCUGAGCAGGCCACCGGAAUUUUCUCGGGAGGCUCAGGUCAGUCUCCGGACCCAUUUUCCAGCUUCGACAUCGGCUGCAAGGCCUGCUGCUUAUGCAGCAACCCAGGGUAGCUUCUGCGAUCAAAGCCAGCAAGGGUUGAAUUUGAAUCCAUUUGGAGACGAUUGCAGGGUGAGUAUGAGCUUGAGCUUGAGGUUUGGCCCGCUGGAUGUGGAGGAUAAGGAGAAGAAGAGAGACGUUGGAAGCGAGGAGGAAGAUGGGUUGGAUUUGGAGCUCAGGCUUGGUUGCAAUCCAUAGAAUGGAUCAACUUUCAUGCUGGCUGAACAGAGAUACGAUCGAUCUUAUCAUUUAUGUAUUAUAAUUAUAAUAAUUAAUCUAAAUAGUUUCUGCAAUCUUGUUCAGCUACGUACGUGUUGUAGGGAACGGAACCCUAAUUAAUUUGAGAAGUUUUGUUUUAGGGUUUAUUGUGCUUCAAUCUUACUGAGUUAAUUUAUACACAUUUUUGUGUCGA